UGACGUACCUGAAGAUAGUUGGAGUAACAUGGCGGUGGUUGCGUUUUAACCAAAACACAGCGCAUUAUUUUCAAAAGGCUAAAGUUUUCGAGCAUAUAAUUAAAAUAAUUAUUUUUAAAAAGACAUAAGCGACAUUCUUCAUUUUUUCUUCUUCCAGUAACAAGUUUCAGUCAUGACGGAGCAGGCGAAUACCAGUCCAGUCGAGGGCGUCGUGAACCUCGACGAACCCAAGAAGAUGACCAGGGAGGACUGGAGGAAGAAGAAGGAGCUGGAGGAGCAGAGGAAGCUGGGAAAUGCUCCAGCUGAGGUGGACGAGGAGGGAAAGGACAUAAACCCUCACAUUCCGCAAUAUAUUUCAUCAGUCCCAUGGUACAUCGAUCCAUCUAAAAGACCAACACUAAAACAUCAGAGGCCACAGGAUGAAAACCAGAAACAGUUCUCGGCCAUUGGCGAGUGGUACAAGAGAGGAGUCCAGGAGAAUGUGGUCGUCACCAAAUUCCGAAAGGGUGCUUGUGAAAACUGUGGUGCCAUGACGCACAAGAAGAAAGACUGUUUGGAGCGACCCAGGAAAGUUGGUGCAAAGUUCACAGGAACAGACAUUGCUCCAGAUGAACACAGUCAGGUUCAGCUGCAGUUGGAUUAUGAUGGAAAGCGUGAUCGCUGGAACGGGUAUGACCCCGAGGAGCAUCAGCGCAUUGUUGAAGAGUACGCAAAAGUCGAUCUGGCUAAAAGGACUCUGAAGGCGCAUAAACUUCAAGAUGAGUUGGCCUCAGGGAAAUUGGACCAAAAUGAAUGGGAACACGACAGCGAGGACGAGGAUGAAGACAAAUAUGCAGACGACAUCGACAUGCCCGGUCAGAACUUUGACUCCAAGAGACGAAUCACCGUCAGGAAUCUGCGUAUCAGAGAAGACACAGCUAAAUACCUGAGAAAUUUGGAUCCAAAUUCAGCGUACUACGAUCCAAAAACCCGAGCCAUGAGAGAGAACCCGUACUCCAACACUGGCAUGAACCCUGAUGAAGUUGGGUACGCUGGAGACAACUUUGCUCGCUACUCUGGAGCUACAAUAAGCAUGGCUCAAACCCAGCUGUUUGCCUGGGAGGCCUAUGAGAGAGGCUCCGAGGUCCAUCUUCAGGCUGACCCCACCAAGCUGGAGCUGCUCCACCGCUCCUUUAGAGUGAAGAAGGAGGACUUCAAAGAGGAACAGAGGGAGAGCAUCCUGGAGAAGUAUGGAGGACAAGAGCACUUGGACGCACCCCCCCGGGAGUUGUUGUUGGCCCAAACUGAGGACUAUGUGGAAUAUUCUCGUCACGGCGCCGUUCUGAAAGGCCUUGAAAAGGCCGUCGCCCGCUCCAAGUAUGAGGAAGACGUCCUCAUCAACAACCACACCUGUAUUUGGGGCUCCUACUGGAAAGAUGGCUUUUGGGGAUACAAGUGUUGCCACUCGAUGAUCAAACAGAGCUACUGCACUGGAGAUACUGGAUUCAAAACAAACAAUUCAGACUGUGUUCCGUUUGAAGACGGGCCGAUUGAAAAUCAAGAGGAGGAACAGCCCAAGACUCUCCUGGAAAUGCAUCAAGACAAAAUGAAAGAGAAGAAGAAGAAAAAGAAGAACAAAAAGAACAAGAAGCGGGCCUCAGACAGCAGCGACUCAGAGGAUGAAGAAAAAAAGAAGGAGAAGUUGAAGAAGGCUCUGGACGCAGAGGACAAGCGAGUGAAGCAGGUCGAUGCAAUCAUGCAGCUGGAUGAGAGGAAGAGGCCCUACAACAGCCUGUAUGAAGUUAAGGCGCCCACCGAGGAAGAGAUGGAAGCCUUCCGCAUGAAGCGCAUACGACCAGACGAUCCCAUGGCGUCCUUCCUGGAUCCCUGAUCCACCACCAAAUCCAGAAAGACUCAGAAUAAACAAGUCAGAUGAAAACAGCAACAAUCCUGCACUGGAAGUGCUGAAAGAAUGCAUAUUUUUGUCCUCUGAAAUGAAUUUUCACACCUUUGUAGGACGUUUAGCCUUUGAAAAAACAUCUUGUCUUUGUUCCAUACCUUUAUGCUGAUGUGCAGAACAUGUCUGUCGCUUUCAACAUGAGGUCUGCUUUUUACAUUAAACAACAUUUUUGUGUAAAAAUA